AUGGCCGCCACCGCGUACAUCUCGCCCGGCGCCGGCGAACUCGACAUGGCGCUGGGCGGCGGUGGUGGCGGCGGCGGCGGAGGCGGCUACCAUCACACCUCGUCGCCGCGCAGUGCCGCCGAUGCGAACGAGAUGAAGUACAUGCACCACCAUCACCACCAUCACCACCAUCAGGCGGCUGCGGCGGCUGUGGCGGCGGCAGCGAAUCACCAUCAUGGCGGCAUCACCGUGCCCUCGAGUCCUUCGCCCAACCCGGCCGGCCUGGGCUCGGUGACGGGCGGGCUCGGGGGCAAUCCGUGGGCCGCCCUGCAGCCCAGUGACCCCUGGACGCUGCAUGCCGCCGCGGCCGCCGCCCACUCCCACCCGGCCCACACACACCCGCAUCCGGCGGACGUGAAGCAGGAGAUGCACCUGACGCAGCAGGCCCGGGCCGCCAGCCAGCAGGCGGGCGGUGCCGGCCCCGGGGGCGGACCGGGUGGAGGCGGAGGAGGAGGCGGUGGGAUGGGAUCGCCACACGGGUGGCAUGCGCCGGUGCACGCCGGCUCGCACUACGCCACCGGUACCGGUUCUCCCCUGCAGUACCACGCGCAUGCAGCCGCGGCCAUGAACGGCAUGCUGCAUCACCCGGCCAGCCACCAUCACCCUGCGCAUCACCAAAGUGCGGCGGCGACCCCGUCGCUGCAUCCCUCGCUGCGGGGCGAGUCCCCGCAGCUGCAUCUGCCGCCGCACCAUCACCAUCACCAUCAUCACCAUCACCUGCAGGGCGACCGGGAUGUGAGCGCCGGCGAGGAGGACACGCCGACGUCCGACGACCUGGAAGCGUUCGCGAAGCAGUUCAAGCAGCGCCGGAUCAAGCUCGGGUUCACGCAGGCGGACGUGGGGCUGGCGCUCGGGACGCUGUACGGCAACGUGUUCUCGCAGACGACCAUCUGCCGGUUCGAGGCGCUCCAGCUGAGCUUCAAAAACAUGUGCAAGCUGAAGCCGCUGCUGCAGAAGUGGCUGGAGGAGGCCGACUCGACCACCGGCUCGCCGACCAGCAUCGACAAGAUCGCGGCCCAGGGCCGGAAGCGGAAAAAGCGCACCAGCAUCGAGGUGUCGGUGAAGGGGGCGCUCGAGCAGCACUUCCACAAGCAGCCGAAGCCGUCGGCGCAGGAGAUCUCGUCGCUCGCCGACAGUUUGCAGCUGGAGAAGGAGGUCGUGCGGGUGUGGUUCUGCAAUCGGCGGCAGAAGGAGAAGCGCAUGACGCCCCCGAACACGAUGGGGGGCGACAUGAUGGACGGCAUGCCACCGGGUCACAUGGGCCACGGUGGUGGCCAUCAUGGCGGGCACGGCGGUUACCAUCCUCACCACGACAUGCACGGCAGCCCGAUGGGGGCGCACAGUCACAGCCACAGCCCGCCGAUGCUCAGCCCGCAGGGUAUGGGCGCGACCGUCGGCGGCCACCAUCAGCUGACGGCCCACUAG